UUAGUAAUUCAACUCCCCACCUCAAACACCUCUCCCUAAGGCAAUCAAACCGCUACCGGAGCAAACCCGCCCGUCCUCUUUUACCCCAUUCUGUUCUAAACCCAGAUCUGAAUUUUCAAAAAAUAUUUCAACCCCAAACCCUAAAUUAUUUAUUUGCCAUUAACACAUUGAUCGUGAAAUCGUGAAAUCCUCACACAAAAAUGGGGGAUUUCAAUCUAGCUUUAGUAGUCGUUGCGAUAGUUGUAUGUAUUCUCGUAUUCUUAUUCAACAUCUAUCUCCUCAUCAACUAUCAACAUCCCGAUGAUGCUAAUCAAGCCUAUUUUCCCAAAUUCGUCGUCGUUUUUGGUCUGUCAAUUGCCGCCAUUUCUAUUCUCAUGUUACCGGCAGACGUUGCGAAUCGGCAAGCUUGUCGACAUGCGAUUUAUAAUGGAGCGUGUAAUCUCACGCUCCCAAUGAAACAAUUAUGGCUUGCCAUUUACAUUGUUGAUGCUGUUCUUGUUUUCUUUGUUAUUCCUUUUGCUAUGUUUUACUACGAAGGCGAUCAGGAUAAGACGAUUGGUAAAAGGAUAAAAAGUGCAAUGUGCUGGGUGGUGACUACAGCAAUAGUGUGUGCUUUGUUGCUUGGAAUUUUAUAUGGGCUUGCUGGAAGGGCAGACUUCACUGUCAGACACCUGUCAUCAGCUACCACUUCCUUUCCGAAUUCAUUUGAUUUUAACAUUGGUCAACAAUGUAUUGGAAACGGCGCCCGUCAGUGUUCAGCAUAUUCGGCUAAUGCUUCCUCUGAGACAACCUGGACUAUGCGUGCUACUUUUCCUGAAUAUGUUGUUGCUCUGGCUACAAUUGUUGGAUCUGUACUUUUCACGAUUUUUGGUGGUGUUGGCAUUGCAUGUCUCCCGUUGGGACUUAUAUUUUCGUUCAUCAGGCGUCCAAAAGCUGUUAUUACACGGUCACAGUAUAUCAAGGAAGCUACUGAGCUAGGUAAAAAAGCAAAAGAAUUAAAGAAAGCAGCUGAUGCUCUUCAUCAAGAAGAAAGGAGCGGGGCUAAGGGACGAAAAUGGCGGAAGAAUGUGAAGGCAGUCGAGAAG